AUGUCCCUGGGGGCCUCAGCGGGCCGGGGUCUGGGGACCAUGUGGUCCCCUACACACGUGCAGGUGACGGUGCUACAGGCGCGGGGCCUGCGGGCCAAGGGUCCCGGGGGCACGAGCGAUGCGUACGCGGUGAUCCAGGUGGGCAAGGAGAAGUACGCCACGUCGGUGUCGGAGCGCAGCCUGGGCGCGCCCGUGUGGCGCGAGGAGGCCACCUUCGAACUGCCGCCUCUGCUGUCCUCGGGGGCCGCGCCCGCCGCUGCCGCCACCCUGCAGCUCACCGUCCUGCACCGCGCGCUGCUCGGGCUCGAUAAGUUCCUGGGUCGCGCCGAGGUGGACCUGCGGGAGCUGCACCAGGACCAGCGCCGCAGGAAGACACAAUGGUACACCUUGAAGUCCAAGCCAGGAAAGAAGGACAAAGAGCGAGGAGAAAUCGAGGUCGAUAUCCAGUUUAUGAGAAACAACAUGACUGCCAGCAUGUUUGACCUCUCCAUGAAGGAUAAGUCUCGGAAUCCCUUUGGAAAACUGAAGGACAAGAUCAAAGGGAAGAACAAGGAUAGCGCAUCGGACACCGCUUCAGCCAUCGUCCCCAGCACGACACCCUCAGUCGACAGCGAUGAGGAGUCUUCCUCCAAAGACAAGAAAAAGAAGUCAAAGAUCAAGACUCUGUUUUCCAAGUCAAAUUUGCAGAAGACGCCGCUCUCCCAGUCCAUGUCUGUCCUGCCUACAUCCAAGCCAGACAAAGUGAUGCUCCGUCCCGGAGACUUGCAGUCCCGGUGGGAUGAUGACGAGGAUGAGUCCUCCUCCACCUCCGAUGUCAUGUCCCACAAGAGAACACCCAGCAUGGAUCACACACAACCGAACCAGACCAACUUCAGCCUUCCCAAGAAAGAGGGGCUCUCCUUCCUCGGCGGCCUCCGCUCUAAGAACGACUCCCUCUCAAGAUCUAACCUCUGUAUCAAUGGGAACCAUGUUUAUAUGGAGCAGACAGAGGCCAAGAGUGAGGUCAGGGACAGCAGCCCUUCAAAUUCCCCAUCCCCACAGGGCUUCCGGAAGAGGCAUUUAUUCUCCUCCACUGAAAACCUGGCUGCCCGGUCUCCUAAGGAACUAGGGGAAGUAACCUCUGACAGACAACUGUCCGAUGCUUCCACCAAGGAUUCUGUGAAGUCCAUGUCUUUGCCAUCCUACCGAUCUCUGACCAGCGAGGAUGGUAGAGAGAGUGUGUCUCCAGCAAACGUGGAGAGUCCGAGAGAAACAAAAGAGAGCAAGAAGCAGGAGAGCAAGAAGUCCUCCCUGCUUUCUCUGGUGACAGGAAAGAAAGAUGCGGCUAAAGGCAGUGAAGGCGAGCCUCUUCCCACUGUCUCAGAGAAAGAGAAGGAAAGGCGGGGCACGCGCGUGGAAGCCCAGCUGAGGGAGGAAGACCCUGGGAGACGGUCUGAGAGAGAUGUCGAACCUGCCGCCUCACAGAGGGGCAACUCCCUGAACCGCUUUGAAGAUGUGCAGAUCUCAGCCCCAGAAGCCGGCCUGGAGCCUAAGUCUGAACCGAAGCCACCAGUUCCCGCUGCGAGGGCUCCCCAGACCAAAGCUGUGAAGCCUAGACUGGACGUACCUCCAGAGGCCCAACCCAAAGCCAGGCUUCCUUCCCCUGACUCUGCUCUCUCUCCUCUUCCUUCCAGCUCUCCUCAGGCCCCUCUCUUUUCUGACCUGAGAGGUGACUCAGAGACACAGUCCUCUGAAAGUCCUUCUGCCUCCUCCUGUUUCUCAUCUCCCCUGGCAGCUCCCCUCUCCACAUCCACCCCAAUUGAACACUGGCCCCCCACAGGCAAGGGGGAGGUUGAUGCUGAAGAACCCCCUUUGUUCCUCAAGGCUGUCUCUCAGAAGGGGAGUGUAACGCCAGCUCCGAACACUGAUUCUUCUGCCUCAGGACCAGCUUUUAAACAACUGACCAUCCCGGUGCAGAAAGGGAUGGAAGAUUCUUCAGGGGGCGAGACCAGGGAGGCAGGCACUGGGAAGGAAGCCGGCAGUGAUGAGUCAGGAAAGAACCCCAUGAGGCAGCAUGAAGAACACGUGAAGGUUCCUGUCCCAGAGCAACACUGGGCCCCCUCACCUGAAGAGAUCCCGGACGUACCCUCUGGGCCUUCACUCAGGAGUGGCAGCUGUGGAAACCCUGCUGAGAAGCCCCCCUCAGGGGCAAAGACAGACUCUGAGCGUCAGUCUAGGUCUCUUGUGGAGAAGGAUCACAAGGGUGGGAUGGCUCCUGCAGGCAGAGAAGCAGCACCCCCUCUUCAAGAGGAAGAGGCGGCCUCCCUGUUUGAUAGCAUAGCAAGGAAACACGAAGAGAUACAUUCGAAUGCCGGUGGAGGUGAAAAGAAAGUCAAGAAGCGUGUGUCCUUCUCUGAACAACUCUUCGUGGAAGAAGAAACAGAAAAACCCGCUGAGCUUGAGGAGGAGGACGGAAGCCAUCCGCAGCGGCUGACACGUGAAGGGCCUGUGGCUGGAGGCAGGCUUGAUGCAGAGUCUCCUGAGUGUCCCCACACAGAAGGCGCAGGAGAGGAACCUGUGACCACGGCACCUCAGCCCAUCAUUCCUUCUGAAAGCGAGAGUUUCUCAGAAGAUCCCACAAGUGAAGCCAGCCCAGCAAGAGUCACCCGACUCUGGAGGGUCGUGGAGAAUGGUGGCCUUAUGACUCAGUAUCAGAGCAAAGCCAGCGAUCAUGAAGGCCUGCUGUCUGACCCGCUGAGCGCCCUCCCAUCUGCCUGUGACCUGAGCUUGUCUCUUCCUUCCAUUCCCGAAGUGGCAUCAGAUGAUGAAAGAAUAGAUGAGGCUGGAGAUGGAGGAGAGGCAGAAAAGCUGGUUGAUCCACAAGCAGGAGUUUCACCCCUGAACAUGUCACCUUCCGGUCUGGAGAAGGCAGAGGGGCUGAGUGGGGGGACACAUGAGUCGGUGCUUGUGGAGAAUCUACAUGACUUCAGGCCAAACUCUUCCAGAAUGGCUCCUUCCGAGCAGACAGCAGCACUAGGAAUUGCUGAGCCCCGUCUUGGCGAGAGCUCAGGUGUGAAUAAACAGUUACCAGGCCCUGGUACUGCCGAGGAAGAGGAACUGGAGCCGAGUGGGAGGCCAGGCUCUCCUCUCCGCACACCCCAGGGCUCUCCCGUGCCCAGCCCCCCACCCUCUGAGACCUUUCCUGCUGCACACUCUUUGCCUCGCUCUCCACAUUCCAAUGACCACCACACCAGUGUAGCAGAGUCUCAAAUAAAAGCAACCCCAGAAGGCUGCGCUGGUAAAGUUGAAAAUUUUGGCAAGAAGAAGCCACUCCUCCAAGCCUGGGUCACACCCUCAGAGAUACAUCCAGUCUCGGCUCAGCCAAGCGCUGGAGCCGGGGCAGCCAAGCACAGGCUUCAUCCCGUGAAGCCGAUGAACACAACAGCCACCAAGAUUGCAAACCCCAGCUUGGGCACUGCUGCCAUCAUCAGUGAGAACAUGAUCAACGAAGCCAUUAUAAAGAAAUACCAGCCGUCGGAUCCUGCCUUCGCCUACGCACAACUGACCCACGACGAGCUGAUCCAGUUGGUCCUCAAACAGAAGGAAACCAUCAGCAAGAAGGAGUUCCAGGUGCGAGAGCUGGAAGACUACAUUGACAACCUGCUGGUCAGGGUCAUGGAGGAGACGCCCAACAUCCUCCGAGUGCCGUCUCAGCUUGGCAAGAAGGCCGGGAAGAUGUGACCUGCGGGAGGGAAGUGGAGAUGUUUUGUGAUCUUGUGUCCGGCGCCUCUUGAGGUCAAGGGUGUGUGGUCUGCCUAGAAACCAGCACACAGGCUCCCAUCACCGGGUGUGUGUCUUGUCUGUCAAGAGUCAAAUCUCCUAGUUGAAACCAGGUUAAUUAUUACAAUGAAUCUUGUCUAUACAUUCCUAGAGUGUGUGUUUAAAUGCCACGGUGCCUUUAACUAAGUUGUGAAUGCAUGAUUUAUCGAUCCUGAGCCAUCGACUCAGGGGGCGCCAUCGGAACUAAUGUAUUUUAACACUGGGGUUGUUGCCCUCUGAUACCGAGAUUUUUCCAGUGUGUAUCCUCCAUGAAGCCAGGCUUUGGCUGAGAUCAGAAAGGGACUCUACUGUGGGACCGUUUUACCUCCUUUCUUGGUGUUGGAGCAGCUCAGGUAUGGCAUAUGCUAAAGUUUUAUGUCUUGUGAACGUCCGAAGAGUCAAGGGUUGUUUGGGUAGGGUUUUUGUUGGGGGAGGGGCAUCGUUCUGUUUUUAAGAUAGGCUCUUGUCUAGUCCGGGCUGCUCUUGAACUCACUGGAUAGCUGAGACUAGCCUUCUUAGACUUUGAACAAGCUGCCGCUUCCAUUUCCUUCUACCUUCUAGCCUUUAAAGUACGCUCUAGUGGAUGGGGAGAUAUAGCCCAGUGGGUAAAGGGCCUGCAGAUCCCAGGGCCUCACUGGCCAGCCGUUCUAGCUGAAACAGGGAACUCUGGAUUCAGUGAGGGACCCUGUCUUAAUAACGUGAAAAGCUACCUUAAACCUCUGCCCUUCAUAUUCUCCCACACAGGUGAGCACUCACACACACACAGACAUGCUCCCACACCCACAAGCACAUACACACAGCGUGCUCUUUAGAUCCAUAGGGCCGUCUCCCGGAGAUAUGAAGGAACUAAGGGGCUCAGCCGUUAAGAGCACUGACUGCUCUUCUAGAGGGACCCAGGUUCAAUUCCCAG